UUGUCCCACACUAAUGUUUCUAUAAAAUUCAUGAGCUACAACAUCCACUCUUACAUCAACCGCAUCUUAUUCCUUUUCUUCAACCAUCUCAAUUCUCAUUCUCAGUUCAACACAUUCACAUCAAGAAAUGGAAAACUCAUUCGCAAGAAACCAUGAAACAGAACUGAACCUCAAAGCCACGGAGUUAAGGUUAGGAUUACCCGGUACUGAGGAUGAUCAUGAGGUCGAAAAACUUCCAUCCAAUUUCACUAUUCUUAGAAGCAACAAGAGAUCUUCACCUGAAUCAACGGAGAUAGAGUCCAUCAACAAGACCAAAAGGAUUAAUACUUGUAAUGAUUCUGAUAUCACAGAUGAUCAAGAUAAUGCUCCUCCACCUUCAAAGGCACAAGUAGUUGGAUGGCCACCAAUUAGAUCUUAUAGGAAGAACAGUUUACAACAGAAGAAGGUUGAAGAAGUUGGUAUGUACAUGAAAGUGAGUAUGGCUGGUGCACCUUAUUUAAGAAAGAUAGAUCUCAAAGUUUACAAGAGCUACUCAGAACUUCUUGAAGUUUUGGGAAAUAUGUUCAAGUGUACAUUUGGUGAAUAUUCUGAAAGAGAAGGGUAUAAUGGAUCUGAAUUUGUUCCAACUUAUGAAGAUAAAGAUGGUGAUUGGAUGCUUGUUGGAGAUGUUCCUUGGGAAAUGUUCAUGUCUUCUUGUAAGAGGUUGAGAAUUAUGAAAGGAUCUGAAGCAAAAGGAUUGGGUUGUUUUUGAAACAAAAAGCAAAGGAUUAAAAAGAUAGAGACACAUAGAAAAACUUGUAUUUUUCUUUUAUUAUUUUUAUUUUCACAUGUAGUUGUCUCUGGUUCAUUAAGGAUAAAUGUUGUUCUAAAUCUUCGAAGCCAGUGUGAAAGAAAGAAUGAGAAGCAAAUGCUGUUUUAAUUGUACAGAGGUUAUAUAUAUACAUACAUAAUAUUUCAUUCUGUCUUAUAUAUAUAUAUGUGUAUCUGUUUACGAAUAAAUUAUGUAUACAAGAGGAUCCAUGAAGAAGGUGCAAUUUU